AUGCCGCAGUACUGGGGCUGGAGCCUGCAGCCACGUGGGACAGGCCAUAAGUUGAACACAGGAAGCUGCCGCAGCCAUGACUCUGUGGCAGUGACCCCUCCUCAGCAGUCGGGCCCUGCGGGCCGUGGGUUGAGCCCUAGUCUGGGCACACUCGACCAGGGUCAACUCUUCCCGCUGGGAAGCGCUGCCCCAACUCCGGGUGGCACUGCCAAGCAGUUGGAGAAAAACACCGUGGUGCAUCCUGGCAUGACCCGGCAUAAAAGGGAUGAGCCGCUGGUAACCAUGGAGGCAGGGGUGCAUCUCAAGAUCCAGUGCCAUUGUGUUUGUCAAGCUUCUGUUUAUCCCCACAAACUCUGCGGGACACUGGGCGGGUUGGGCGGGAAGCUGCUCAUGGUGUCCUUGGCCCUGUGGUCCUUGCAAACCUCCCUGGACGACCCCUCCUCCCAGGAGGGCUCAGAAAGGAUCCAGCAGGAGACCUGUGGAGCAAAUGUAGCCCCCAUGCUAUGGAAUCGGCAGCCGGGUCCCACUUGCUUAAGGGAUGAGGAUGUGCGGCCCAGCGGAUUCUGCCUCUGCGCCCAGGUCAUCAGUGUGGGGGUGCUGGGCACAGCUCUCACCAAGGCUCCGGCCACAUUCUCUCCGCACAGCCAGGGGCACAGAGAGGAGUCGAGCAGUGAACCGGACUCGCAGCCCAGCCGCUGGUGGUUGGUGUUUCCAGAGAACCCGUUUCCCAAGAGCGGCCCCGUGGUUGCUGUCAGCCUGAGGCUGCUGUCACCGGCCGUGACUGUCCCUGAGCACAGCCACCCACACGGUCCGUAUGAAAGGCCCUGCUUGUGUGUUGUGGCCCCAUGUGAUGCCCUCCAGAGUGCUUGGAGGCCACAACCCCAGAGGAAAUGGCCCCGUGCAACGAGGCCCCACCCACCAGCGCCACAGGCUGUCCCCAGCUCACAGUGCCAGCUCAUCUCCCCAGGCAUCCCAUGUCACCAGAGUCCAAGGUAUGGAUCCUGGCGGGAGCCAGUCAACCCCUAUUACGUCAAUGCCGGCUACGCCCUGGCCCCAGCCACCAGUGCCAACGACAGCGAGCAGCAGAGCUUGUCCAGUGAUGCAGACACCCUGUCCCUCACGGACAGCAGCGUGGAUGGGAUCCCUCCCUACAGGAUCCGUAAGCAGCACCGCAGGGAGAUGCAGGAGAGCGUGCAGGUCAACGGGCGGGUGCCCCUACCUCACAUUCCCCGCACGUACCGGGUGCCGAAGGAGGUCCGUGUGGAACCUCAGAAGUUCGCCGAGGAGCUCAUCCACCGCCUGGAGGCCGUGCAGCGCACACGGGAGGCCGAGGAGAAGCUGGAGGAGCGGCUGAAGCGCGUGCGCAUGGAGGAGGAAGGUGAGGACGGCGAUCCAUCCUCAGGGCUCCCAGGGCCGUGUCACAAGCUGCCUCCUGCCCCUGCUUGGCACCACUUCCCACCCCGCUGUGUGGACGUGGGCUGUGCCGGGCUCCGGGAUGCACACGAGGAGAACCCCGAGAGCAUCCUGGACGAGCACGUACAGCGUGUGCUGAGGACACCUGGCCGCCAGUCACCUGGGCCUGGCCACCGCUCCCCGGACAGUGGGCACGUGGCCAAGAUGCCGGUGGCACUGGGGAGUGCCGCCUCAGGGCACGGGAAGCAUGCGCCCAAGUCAGGGGUGAAGCUGGACGCGGCCGGCCUGCACCACCACCGACACGUGCACCACCACGUCCACCACAGCACAGCCCGGCCCAAGGAGCAGGUGGAGGCCGAGGCUGCCCGCAGGGCCCAGAGCAGCUUCGCAUGGGGUCCGGAACCACACAGCCAUGGGGCAAAGUCCCGAGGCUACUCAGAGAGUGUGGGGGCUGCCCCCAACGCCAGCGAUGGCCUGGCGCACAGUGGGAAGGCGGGCACAGCAUGCAAAAGAAAUGCCAAGAAGGCCGAGUCGGGGAAGAGCGCCAGCGCGGAGGUGCCAGGUGCCUCGGAGGAUGCAGAGAAGAACCAGAAGAUCAUGCAGUGGAUCAUUGAGGGGGAGAAGGAGAUCAGCAGGCACCGCCGGACCGGCCACGGGUCCUCAGGGACAAGGAAGCCACAGCCCCAUGAGAACUCCAGACCCUUGUCCCUUGAGCGCCCCGGGGCUGUGCACCCCUGGGCCGGCCCUCAGCUCCGGACCUCCGUGCAACCCUCCCACCUCUUCAUCCAAGACCCCACGAUGCCACCCCACCCAGCUCCCAACCCCCUAACCCAGCUGGAGGAGGCGCGCCGACGUCUGGAGGAGGAAGAAAAGAGAGCCAGCCGGGCACCCUCCAAACAGAGGUAUGUGCAGGAGGUUAUGCGGCGGGGACGCGCCUGCGUCAGGCCAGCGUGCGCGCCGGUGCUGCGCGUGGUACCAGCCGUGUCGGACAUGGAGCUCUCCGAGACAGAGACGCGAUCGCAGAGGAAGGCGGGCGGCGGGAGUGCCCAGCCGUGUGACAGCAUCGUUGUGGCGUACUACUUCUGUGGGGAGCCCAUCCCCUACCGCACCCUGGUGAGGGGCCGCGCUGUCACCCUGGGCCAGUUCAAGGAGCUGCUGACCAAAAAGGGCAGCUACCGAUACUACUUCAAGAAAGUGAGCGACGAGUUUGACUGUGGGGUGGUGUUCGAGGAGGUUCGAGAGGACGAGGCCGUCCUGCCCGUCUUUGAGGAGAAGAUCAUCGGCAAAGUGGAGAAGGUGGACUGACCGGCUGGUGGGCUGACCGCUGCACCAGGCGCGGCCCUCGGUGGGCACAGGUGUCACAGCCAGCGGAUGCCCUUGUACUCAGGAGCCCAACAGAGAACAGCGUGGGGGCGCCGCCCAGCCCUGCCGUCUCGCCGUGUCUGGGCGGGUAGGGGUCCCUCCGCGUGGUCCACAGGCUUCUGUCCUGCGCCCGAGGAGGCAGCCGGACACUCCCCAUAGCAAUACUUGGAGGGGCCUGGCCCAAGGGGGGCAGCCAAGGUCCCUGCUGCCGGCUGUAAGCGACGCCCCGGUGCCUCCCCUGGGUACGUGUGCUGGGAUCUGUUUCCCUCUGGGAUUUGCCCACGUACCCUGGUCUCGCUGGGCUCAGCCCCCGGCCCGGGCACAGGGGCCUGCAGGGCCUGUCAAUUGUACUCGCCACCGAGUGCCUUCAACACAGCUUGUCUCUUGCCUGCCACUGUGUGAGCCGGCGACGGGGCACUGCACCUGCCUCCAGCUGCUGGCUGCGCGGUCCCGGGUCCUCCUUUCUGAGGGCCCAUGUAAAUAUGUACAUUUCUCAGGCCAGGGCCAGCAGGGGCUGCCCAGGUCUGUUUUUCAUGCGAUGACACUUGUACAAUUAUCUUUUCAAAGGUACUUGGAUAAUAAUGAAAUAAAACUGUUUUUGAACCUGC